UGUGUGUAAACGAAGAAAUCGCGGCGUCGAACGGUCAGCGCGUUGCAAUCGUACGACGUUUCUUGAACAGGAAAUUCAACGGUUGAUUUGAUUACCCAAGAUCGGCUUACAGACCUUGAACACAGAAAUGCGAAGAAUACUUUUGAUACUGGUAAUGGUCAGCCUCUCGAGGGCUGUGCCAGCUCCUCAGCAGGAUACUGGAAAUUUGAAUUCGUUGAUAUCGAGCGUAUUCGGUACAUCCACCACACCAACCCCUCCCGAGAGUCGAAAUUCGAGCGGCGAUCUGGCUUCCCUUAUUAGCGAGUCGUUCGGGCAACCGUCGACCACGCCGGAUACGAUUUUAGGCACGCAGAAUAAACAACGACCGAAACCGCAGGGUUGCGAAUGCGUGCCGUACUAUCAGUGUCGAGAGGGCACCAUUUUGGAUAACGGCAUUGGAUUGAUCGAUAUCAGGUCCGAUUUCGGUGAUGACAAUAACAGUACGAGUAUGAGUACGAGCGCGGGUACAAUUACGAAUCCGCGUACAGAAGGAGGGCUUGGUGAUUGCGAGAAUUACUUGGACGUUUGCUGCAAGGCACCUGACAGGAUUGAUGAAGAGGACAGAAUAUCGAGACCGAAGCCAAUUCCAAGGAAAGGCUGUGGGGUACGGAAUCCGAACGGUGUCGGUUUCAGGAUCACCGGCAACACUAAUAAUGAGGCUCAAUUCGGAGAAUUCCCCUGGAUGGUAGCUAUAUUGAAGGAAGAAAUUAUCGGCGAAAAUAAACAAAAGCUGAACGUCUACCAAUGCGGAGGAUCCUUGAUUCACAAGCAAGCUGUUUUAACCGCAGCUCACUGCGUACAAGGAAAACAACCAUCUGAACUGAGAAUUCGUGCCGGAGAAUGGGACACGCAGACAAAGAACGAGAUUUUCCCUCACCAGGAUCGCAAUGUGCAAAACGUAAUCGUUCACGAUAAAUAUUAUGCAGGAGCUCUCUAUAAUGAUUUCGCUCUUCUAAUUCUAUCCGAGCCGCUGGACCUUAUGGAGAACGUAGAUAUUAUUUGCCUACCAGAACCAAACGAAGUCUUUGACAAUACCCGAUGCUUUGCAAGUGGUUGGGGAAAAGACAUAUUCGGUAAAGAGGGUCAUUACCAAGUAAUUUUGAAGAAAGUAGAACUGCCGGUGGUACCACGUGAUUCAUGUCAGAACAGCCUCCGAAGCACGCGAUUAGGAAAAUAUUUUAAUCUUCACGAAAGCUUUAUAUGCGCCGGCGGAGAGCCUGGCAAAGAUACGUGCAAGGGAGACGGAGGGAGCCCGCUCGUGUGCCCAAGCAAAAACAACCCUAACAAGUACAUACAAGCAGGUAUCGUGGCAUGGGGAAUCGGUUGCGGUGAAAAUGGAACCCCGGGUGUUUACGCUAACGUCGCUUUGGCGCGAGAUUGGGUCGACGAACAAAUGGCUUUUUACAGUUUGGACAAUACCGUCUAUUCAAGCCGAAAAACAGACUGAGCUUUGUUACAAAGCCUUAUCAUCGUUUUACUUAAAUUUCUACGCAGAGAUUAAUAAUCGUCUAAAGACUGCUGUAUUGUUCGUACGUAAUUUUCAAAACAAUAAUGUACGCGUGAAUGCGCAAUCUUGUUUUUAAUAAAAACAAUUGUACUGGCAGGUACUUAUUUCUAUACUUC